CUUCAACGACAGUUGCCAUUUCUCUUUCCAACCGAUCAAUACAAAACGCUCCAAGAUUGAAGCUUUAUAACAACUGAGUGUACUGCUUUCUUUUCAUUUUCUUUAUAGAGUUAGUUUGCAAGAAAAUGCCUCAUUUUACGUUAUCAAUAAUAUCGGAAUACCCGUGCUGCUGAGGCGGGAGCAAUUCUUUCUUUCCCAAAAGCUCAGGCUUUUAGCGGAAAGACUGCAGCUUUGUCUUCCCACACAACUAACUUCCAAUCUCAUCUACUGCAACUUAGGUAUGUAGGAGAAAAUUUAGGGAUGAAGAAGUGGACCGGUGGUGUGCUCAUAGUAGCCCUUGCUCUCAUUUUGUUUCUCAGUUACACUUUGAUUGGUAAACCUGAGCCCUCCAAGAAACAUUCUGCUGCAUAUGAUUUUUUCAAUCCACAGCCACCCAAAGAGGAGGAUCCAGAUCUCAAUGCCAUUGCCAAAGCCAAUGGAGGCAUUGAGCCAACUAGGCCUAAACCCCAGUUGGGAUAUCUUCAAGAAUUGGAGGAUCUGUAUAGCUUAAGUAAAAACUUGAGCCUAGAAGACCCUUCUGCGAUGCUUGUGUGGGGCCGAAUGAAAUUAUUGUUUCCGAGAUCGGAUGCAUUGCCUGAAACUGUACAGGGUGUUAAAGAGGCUCUAGUAAUGUGUAGGGAUUUGCUUGUGAUGAUUGAGGAUGUCAAGGCUGCCAAGCUUGGGAAUGGUAGCAUUGCGAGAAACUGUCCUAGUUUUGUUAAUGCAUCGUUGUCGGAGAAUGAGUCUUCUCUGGAGAUCCCUUGUGGUCUUGUUCAGGACUCUUCUGUUACUGUGAUCGGGAUACCUGAUACUCGCAAUGAUAGUUUCCAGAUUGAAUUGAUUGGCUCGCCGAUUAAGGAGCGACUGAAGCCUCCAGUCGUGCUGCUCUAUGAUGUCGUGUUACCUGGUGAGAACUUGACUAUAGAACCUGUUAUUGUUCAGAAUGCGUGGACUCAAGAAUCUGGGUGGGGGAAGGCGGAGAGAUGCCCUGAUCAUGGUCCAAUCCGUCCUCUUAAAGUUGAUGGAUUAGUAAACUGCAACACACAAAUUAUUAGGAGAACUGCAGACGACAGUCCAAAUACGACUCAUCCAACGAACAGAAAAUUAGCUAAUGUUUCCGAAGAGAGUAGCCAUGUAAGUGCUGCCUUCCAGUUUGUUGAAGGUAACCCCUUCAUUGCUACAUUUUGGGCCGGUGUCGAAGGUUUUCACACGACAGUAAAUGGAAGGCAUGAAACAUCGUUUGCGUAUAGAGAGAGACUUGAACCUUGGUUGGUUAAUAAAGUGAAUGUGAAAGGUAGCUUGACUACCAUUUCAAUCAUUGCAAAAGGACUGCCUGCUAGCGAAGAUGUGGAUUUAGUGGGUGACGUUCCGCAGCUGAAAGCUGCAACGCCUUCUGAAAAGGGGCUUCUACUGCUUAUUGGGGUUUUCUCGUCAGGGAAUAACUUCGAGAGGCGUAUGGCUCUAAGGAGGACUUGGAUGCAAUAUGAUGGUGUGCGUUCAGGGAAAGUGGCUGUCCGUUUCUUUGUUGGACUUCACACGAACAAAGAAGUGAACUUGAAGGUGUGGAGAGAAGGUGAAGUGUACGGAGAUAUCCAGUUGAUGCCUUUUGUGGAUUACUACAGCCUGCUUACUUACAAAACCAUUUCUAUUUGCAUCCUUGGGAGUGAAAUAAUGUCUGCUAGAUUCAUUAUGAAAAUGGACGAUGAUGCUUUUGUACGGAUUGAUGAAGUUUUGUCGAGGCUGGAGGGGAGGACCGAGAAGGGGCUUGUGUACGGGCGCAUAUCUUUUGAUUCAGCUCCGAACAGGGAUAAGGACAACAAAUGGUUCAUAAGCGAAGAGGAGUGGCCGAAUUCCACUUAUCCUCCUUGGGCUCAUGGCCCGGGUUACAUAGUAUCCCACGACAUCGCUGAGUUUAUCGUAGCUGGCCACCGGGCCAGGGAUCUCAUGCUGUUUAAACUGGAAGAUGUGGCUGUGGGGAUAUGGAUUCAGCAAUACGAAAGUAAAGGGCAAAAAAUAGAGUAUGUGAACGACGAUCGAUUCAACAACGAGGGAUGUGAAUCAGACUACAUUCUUGCUCAUUACCAGAAUCCUAGGAUGAUGUUGUGUCUUUGGGAUAACCUCCUUAAGAAUCAUAAACCUGAAUGCUGCGAAUAAUACUAUCAUUUCUCUC